AUGCGUCCAGAAGAUCCACUUACAUUUUUAGAAGAAAAGCUCAAAGAAAUAAUGGAAAAGGGAUUAGAUGUUCUCUUAUGGUAUAUGUGUGCUGAUCUGUCUUUCCAUCCAAAAUUCAAGAGGAUUUCAGAAACUUACUUGAACAUUGUUUUUGGACUAGAUCAUGAACAACUGAUGACUGAAAAAUUAUGUGCCAAAGCGUGGGACUUUUACAGAAGAAAUGUAAUGAAGCGGUGUUUUAGAGGAUGGAUAAAAUAUAUUCUGCUGAAAAAGAACAAAAGAAAAAAGGCAGCGCAGAAGAUGGGUCUAGCAGUAACUGUUCAUUAUAAUGUCCAAAUAUUAAGAGUUAUUAUACAGAAGUAGAGUGUGUGGGUGCAGAUUCACAAGGAAAAAAUGACAUUGGCAGUGGAGAAACUGCAACAGAUCUUUAACAAAUUAUGUUUAAAUGCUGUUGUAAAAGCUUGGCAUAAAGAGGCCCACAGUUCUUUGAAAAUGAAAGCAUAUUUUGAGGGUUUGGUAACAAAGAAAAGUCAGAAAGGCAGUUUUGAAUCAAGUGAUUGUACUGUCAGGCAUAAACCAUCCCAUUUACCAGAAAAGCCUUUAUUGACGGUUUUCCGUUAUGUAAAUUUAGUUGAUCGGGCAAGAUGUGCUCAGGUUAGCCAAACAUGGAUGCUACUAACUCAGAACAGUUCAUUAUGGAGUGAUAUCGAUUUUUCAUCAGUGAAGCAUAAAGUUCAGGACCAAAUAGUAGUAAAUAUUUUGCAGAAGUGGUGUGUAUUUGUAUUACAUUUGAAUCUUCAAGGUUGCUAUUCUCUUCACUGGCCUAGCUUUAGAAGUAUCAGUGAAUGUAAGAAUUUGCAAGACUCAAUUCUCUCUGAAUGCCAGGGAUUAAAUGAUGAAUCGAUGAGACUCAUAUCAACUUGCAGAGCUCUUCUCUAUUUAAAUCUGUCAUAAGACAUUAGUAAUGGAACACUAUGACUAUUGUCAAGCAGCUUCCCCAAUUUACAGUAUCUGAGUUUAGCUCACUGCAGCAAAUUCACAAACAAAGGUUUACUGUACCUGGGCUCUGGAAGAGGCUGUCACAAGCUCAUCUAUUUGGAUCUUUCAGGUUGCAUUCAGAUUUCAGUUGAUGGCUUCAAAAAUAUUGCCAAUGGCUGCAGUGGGAUUCAAGAUUUGCUAAUCAACAAAAUGCCAACUCUUACAGAUGGAUGUAUUCAAGCUCUGGUUGAAAAAUGCCAACAGAUAAUGUCUGUUGUCUUCCUUGACUCUCCACAUCUUUCUGACACAACUUUUAAAGCCCUUGCUGAAUGUAAACUUGUCAAGGUCAGCAUUGAAGGGAAUCACCAAAUUACUGAUUUAAGUUUCAAGUUGAUGAGUCAAUGCUGCCCAUACAUCAGGCGCACUCAUGUGGCUGAUUGCCAGAAGAUUACAGAUGCUGGUCUAAAGAUGAUUUCACCGUUGAAGCAUGUUCUUGUACUGAAUGUAGCAGACUGCACAAGAAUCAGUGAUGGAGGUGUAAGAACAUUUGUACAAGGUUCUUCUGGAGCUAAGCUAAGAGAGCUGAAUUUGUCUAAUUGUAUUCAUGUCACUGAUGCUUCUGUCACAGAAAUAGCACAAAGACGUCAUGAAAUGACCUAUCUAAAUCUGUGUCACUGUGAAAAUGUGACUGAUGCUGGAAUCGAAGCCUUGGGAAAUAUGGCGUCAUUGAUAUCCAUUGGUAUCUCUGGAACCAGCAUCUCAGAUAAGGGCUUGAGAGCCCUUGGCCACCAUGGAAAAAUAAAGGAACUUUCUAUAUCAGAAUGCAAAAACAGAACAAAAUGGCAAAUCCUUUUUUGCAAGUUGAAACUGAAGGAUAUGAGUUUAUGGAAAAUUUGCAGAGAGUUUCUCUUUCAGGAGUUCUGCAAGGGCACACAGUACCUGGAACAAUGCCAUGCCUCUUGCUGCCCUCAGCUGACAGAUGAAUCUGUGAAAACAAUGGCAUUUCACUGCCGCAGACUAACAUCUGUCAACAUAGCGCGUUGCCCAAAGAUGACUGAUACCUGUAUCCAAUACUUGGCUGCAGCCUGGCAUUAUCUCCACUUCUUGGAUGUCUCAGGUUGCAUUCAUCUUACUGACAAAGCACUGAAACAUCUUUGGAAAUGUUGUAAGCAACUCCAGAUUCUCAAGAUGCUGUACUGUAGAAAUAUUACCAAACAAACUGUCUUGAAAUAUACAGCCAAACUGGAGAAACAAGAACAUAACGAUGCUGACCCUCCUUCCUGGCUUGGAUAUGACCGGGAUGGGAUGGUAACGUACUCACCUUCACAAAGAAACACCCAUCAGAGCCUGAAUAAACAAAUUCUUCCAAAUGAAAAAUAAAUAAAUAGUGCACCAUCAUCUACAGUUCAAGGGUUUUCCACUGGAGCAUAAAAAGAACACUAUACUGUUUUUCUUAAAAAACUAAUCAUACUUUAAUAAAAGGGAAUUUGUUGAAUUAGCAAGGAAGCAUUGCAAAUCUUUCUCGCAGGAGUGUGCGUAUGCCUUCAAGCAAGACAGCUGCGCUGAAACAACAUUGCUGACUUUCAGAUGUUCAUUCAAGCUGUCUUCAUUUCUCAAUAACGAGAAGUUUUUGCAGUC